AUGAAUAGUUCAGCUAAAAAAGAGUUAAGGGAGCGUGCUUGUGUUACCAUAGCACGAUGGAUGUAUGAUGUGGGAAUAGCUUUUAAUGCUGUGAAUUAUGAUAGCUUUGGGGAAAUGAUUCGAGCAAUUGGAAAUUAUGGGAGAGAAAUGAAACCUCCAAGUUUUCAUGAGGUUAGAGUUCGGUUACUUAACAAAGAAGUGCAAAUCAUAAAUGAUCAUCUCGAGUCUCAUAAAGAAGAAUGGGAAAAUUAUGGAUGUACAUUGAUGUGUGAUGGAUGGACAGAUAGAAAAGGGAGAACCUUGAUUAAUUUCUUGGCUAAUAGUCCAAAGGGAAGUGUAUUUAUUAAGUCAGUUGAUGCAAGUGAUGAAUCAAAGACAGCGGCAUUGUUUGCUAGUUUGAUUGAGAAAGAAUUGAUGGAAAUUGGUCCUGAAAAAGUAGUUCAAGUUGUUACAGAUAAUGCAUCAAAUAAUGUUGCAGCAAGAAGAAUAUUGGAAGCAAAUUUUUCUCAUCUAUACUGGACUCCAUGUGCAACCCAUUGUAUAGAUUUGAUGUUGGAGGAUAUCUUUAAGAUCUGUGUUUUCAAAGAAACAUUUCGCAAAGCUGUUGAGCUUACCGAUUUCAUAUAUGGCUCUUCAGGAGUUCUAAAUAUGUUACAGAAGUUUACUAAUAGAGUAAAAUUGCUAAGGCCAGGGAAAACUAGAUUUACUACUGCUUUUAUUACACUGGGAAGGAUUCAUCUUCAAAACGCCAACAUUAGAAAAAUGUUUACUUCAGAAAGUUGGACAACUAGUAAAUGGGCUAAAGAGGUGAAAGGCAAAAAGUGUGAAUGGACGGUUUUGAGUCCUGCCUUCUGGAAUCAUGUUGUUUAUGCUCUUAAGGUUUCCGGUCCUCUUGUUCUUGUGCUUCGACUUGUUGAAAAUGAAAAAAAACCAGCUACGGGCUAUAUUUAUGAAGCCAUGGAUAGGGCUAAAUAA